UUACAAUGGGCUAGAGGAGUAAGAACCUCGACGGAUGAGCCGAAUGCCAUCUUUUCUGACUAGUUGACGACUGUCCUACUAUAUAUUGAGUUAUAGAUGAAACUUCUACUGGUUACUGGCGACAGUGCAAUUCCCCAUAUUAUAAGAUUUUACGUAAUCAGGUGCAUUUGGGUUUUAUAGGUAGUGGGUGAGAGCGUCAUCGACUCAUUGUUGUACUUUGGGAGGGCGAUAAUCGCUCGUGCGCAACUUAGCGUAGCUUCCAUCCAGCUAGUCAUGGCUGUCGCAGUCUCACAGUAGCAGACGGUCGCGGUUCGGGGUACAUGACGGUGUUCGACUGUCGUAUGCGCCGGCCUAACUUUGACAACUGUUUGUAGUAGGACCUCGGGGGAUCAUAACUACUUGUGAGUGUGUGUUUAUCGGGAACAGUGUAGACCGGACUCUAGGGUAUAAUGUGAAGUGAUUUUGUUGUUAGCAUAGGUAUUAUUUAGUACAUAGUAAAACAGUUAGUAUAAAAUAUUAAAAUGGGUGAUCGUGAAAGGAUUUCCAAGACUGCCAUUAGAGUAGGCUUCUAUGAUAUUGAAAGAACUAUAGGAAAAGGGAAUUUUGCCGUUGUUAAACUCGCCAGGCAUAGAAUAACUAAAACUGAGGUAGCAAUUAAGAUAAUAGACAAAACGCAGCUUGAUGCUGGAAAUUUACAAAAAGUCUAUAGAGAAGUAGACAUAAUGAAAAGACUGGAUCACCCUCACAUAAUUAAGUUAUAUCAGGUAAUGGAAACGAAGAACAUGAUCUACCUCGUGUCUGAAUAUGCCAGCCAAGGGGAAAUUUUCGAUUAUAUCGCCAGAUAUGGAAGAAUGACUGAAGAAACAGCAAGAAGAACAUUUUGGCAAAUUCUGUCAGCGGUAGAAUACUGCCAUAGUCGUAAUAUAGUACAUCGAGAUUUAAAGGCUGAAAAUUUAUUACUGGAUACAAAUAACAAUAUAAAAAUAGCAGACUUCGGUUUUUCAAAUUAUUUCACUGCCAACGGACACUUGUCGACAUGGUGCGGUUCGCCCCCAUACGCCGCCCCCGAAGUGUUCGAAGGAAAGAAAUAUAUAGGACCAGAAAUAGAUAUUUGGAGUUUAGGCGUAGUUUUAUACGUCCUUGUUUGUGGUGCCCUCCCUUUCGACGGAUGUUCACUUCAAGCCCUUCGCGAUAGGGUUUUAUCAGGGAGGUUUAGGAUUCCUUAUUUUAUGAGCUCUGGUAAGUUCUACGUUAAUACAAUUUUCUAGAACACAUUUAGCAAGUUACUUUAUGAGGUACUUAGUGCAUCCUUUGGCUAAUUUGUGUUAUACACAAGUGAUUAAGUGUGAAGGUAAAGUUGAAUAUAAAAACUUCAAGGUUUUAAAAACUUGGAUACGUAAUUAAUUAAAAGAUAAAGUCACGAUAAAUUUAGGAAUUUUUCUUAGGGCAUUUAGAGGCAGUUUAGAGAAAACAGGAUUUUACUUUUAAAUAUC